AUGCCGGGGCAGCAGAAUCCAGCUGACAUACUAUCACGGAUGCCGUUGACCAACCAACCGUCGCGAGAGACAUGCAUUGCAGAAGAAUACAUUAAUUAUGUCGCAGAGAGGGCAGUUCCAAAGGCAUUUACACGAGAACAGAUAUCGGCUGCUACACAAAAAGACACUGUUCUUCAGCAGGUGAGAAAAUCGUUAGUGUCGGGUAAAUGGCCAAACGAUGAGAAGCUCCGGCCAUUUGAAAGGCUCAAAGAUGAACUUUCCGCAUCACAAGAACUGGUACUGCGUGGGUCAAGAAUAGUGCCACCAGAGUGCCUACGACAAAACAUCUUACAAAGUGCUCAUCAAGGUCAUCAAGGUGUCGUUCGCACAAAGCAGAUGGUACGAGAGAAAGUGUGGUGGCCGGGGAUCGACCGAGAAAUUGAAACAAUGGUUACAUCCUGUUUGCCGUGUCAAUCGAUGGCUCCAAAAGCAGUGCCAGAGCCCCUAAGACCAACGCCUAUGCCAGACAAGCCAUGGCAAGAUGUGCAUAUUGACCUGUGUGGUCCCUUUCCAACGGGAGAAAGUUUGUUGGUGUGCGAAGAUGCGUGUACACGAUGGCCAGAAGUAAUAAUCCUGAAAACCACAACGUCGACGGUCAUAAUUGGUCAUCUCAAAAAAAUUUUUGCAGCACAAGGCAUACCUAUUACGAUGGUGUCGGACAAUGGUCCGCAGUUCGUUUCGGAAGAGUUCGAAACUUUUUCGAGGGAUCACGGUAUAAAACACCGCAAAAUCACACCGUACUGGCCACAGGCCAACGCGCAAGUGGAAAGAUUCAACCGCACAGUGGAAAAAGCCAUUCGUGGGGCGCAUGUAGAGGGGAAGAAUUGGCGUAAAGAGCUGGACAUCUUUCUCCUAAACUACAGAGCGACACCACAUGCAACAACUGGUGCCUCUCCGGCGUUGCUGCAUCUCGGUCGCGAAAUUCGUACCAAAGUGCCUCAGGCGAAAGUUCCAGCAUCGGACAUCCUUGCAUCAGCACUUGAAAGCGCGCAUUCCUCCGAUGCCAAAGUGAAGCAAAAAAUGGCAAUAUAUACAGAUGAAAAGAAAAGAGCAAAAGCGGCAGUGAUCAAGGUUGGUGACAAAGUGUUGCUACGACAAAGACGGGAACAUAAACUUUCCACCCGGUAUGAUUGUCGUCCAUACGCGGUUGUGGAAAGAAGAGGUCCGAGUGUUAUUCUACAGCGAAAGGAUGAGACUCCAGUAAUACGCAAUGUUUCCAUGGUUCACAAGAUUCCAGACAUUACUAGAGAAGAAGAAGAGGAUGAUAUCGACGAAGUUUGUGAACAAGAACCAGUGGACGUUACAGAGGGUAAUGGUUCCGAGCAAGGGGAUGACAGAUCUGAAAUGGAUGGGGGUCCGAAUGACCAGGAAUUAAUUCAACCCCACAGCAGGCCUGCUAGGCAGGUUCGAUCGCCGUCGUAUUUGAGAGACUUUGUGCGAAGCCUCACGGGCUACUUUGCUAGCCGGAACUAA